UAUGGGCGGAGUCUAGUGUGCCAGCUGCCCUUUUCCUGUCUCAGGGGUGUCAGUGGUGGUCAGUUCCCCCUGUAGUUCCCCUUUCCCAGGCUCUGGUGUCACUUCUCAGUGAUGUCUGGAGUCUCUGACCAUCUCCUGUAGCAUGUCUGCAGUCUCUGACCGUCUCCUGUACUGUGUCCGCAGUCUCUGGUCAUCUCCUGUACUAUGUCCGCAGUCUCUGGUCAUCCCUGUAAUGUCCGCAGUCUCUGGUCAUCUCCUAUACUAUGUCCGCAGUCUCUGGUCAUCUCCUGUACUGUGUCCGCAGUCUCUGGUCAUCUCCUGUACUGUGUCCGCAGUCUCUGGUCAUCUCCUGUACUAUGUCCGCAGUCUCUGGUCAUCCCUGUACUAUGUCCGCAGUCUCUGGUCAUCUCCUGUACUAUGUCCGCAGUCUCUGGUCAUCUCCUGUACUAUGUCCGCAGUCUCUGGUCAUCUC